AUGUCUGUUCCCUUUGCCAAAGGACGUCCAAUUCCAGCAGAGGUUCUCGAAAAUAUUGCUUAUGAACUCGUCUCUGCCACGCCCCUGGGGAUCCCGAGCCAAAUCAUACCACUGCUCUUGACCUCAAAGGCUAUUCAUGGCACUCUAUCCAUAGCCUCUGGCUCCUCGCUUUACGCUCGAAUUUGCCGGCUCAAGUUUGACGUCGGGGCAGUCUCUCGCCGAGCGUUCACUCCCCGCAUCAGCGACCUCAGUGACCACCUCGUGCAGAUGUGCACCCUCCUCAAAGUUCUGCGGACCGGUGACGUUUACCACGAGGACGUUGAAGAGCAGCUAUUAAGUGCAUACGUCGCAAUGUUGCACAACGAUGGAAAGAACAGGGCCCAGCUGGAGCAUGCGGGGAUUGUGGGGUUUGUGGACAAGUUUGUGCGGAAGCGGCUGCAUGAAGGGUCCGAGGACAACGACAUGUGGCCCCUCGACAGCAUUGGGAAUGCUAGUGUGCUAUGGUUAAUGUGGAUGUUUGCGACGCGAGACCGACUCUUGAAUGAGACUCCACAACAACGUGAAGAGAUUAUCAAGCUGGUGUUACCCUUCAUGGUCUGUCCGUUGCGUUAUGCAUCUGCCCUCGUGCCUCCCAACCACUUCACGCUCCCAAUCGGGGAUUCCAACCCAGCUCAGAAUCGCAUUCUCACAUUCGAUACACCCCAUGGGCCAUACCCCCUUUAUCACACCGAGAGAGGUAGUUAUUUGGUGUUAUACUACUUCCGCUCCAGCGCCUCUUUCGUCGAACCCUUGGUUGCACCUGUCGCUUCUCUCUUGUUCUGGUCCCGACGUGAACUCGACGGCGCCCUUGCCAUUCCCACUGCUCUUCCAAGAACCCGUGCUUCUAUCGGGGGAAGUCCAGGUUUAACUCAGGAAGACCUCAUCGAGUACAACGCUCACAAGUCUGCCAGGUUACCGAACACCGUUAUAUGGGAUUGGGAGCGAGGUUGUCCCAUACGUCGGGCAGAGGAUGGGACCACUUCCGAUUGGCCCGACCAAGACAGUGAGCGCUGGGAUAUUGACUGGUGGAGGGCAAGACUGUGCGAUGGUGUCUUUCUCAAGCAACCCAAGUUCAGGCUCGGCCCGGUGUACAUUCGGGGAAUACUCACUGGGCUAUGGCAAGGUGUCCAAUUCAACCAAUCGCCAAUGAGCUUCACGACUAUCGCCAGCCAGCGACAACACCCGCUGGAUCUCUCCGAACAGAGCCUCCUUUACUCAGGUCGCCCCUUGAUGUUCCGUCUGAAGGAACAUGGCUUCAUCCGCACUCCCGCCUCCACUACCGAUGCCGGCCGUACUGAACGCACAUGCGUCCCUCAAGCUCCACCGCUUCACACACCCGUUGAGACCUCUAUGGCUGGCCGCAUUCAACGGACCACCUUCCCUUUUGAUGCCAGUCUCUCGAAUGCAUGGUUCCCGGGACCUGUCGGCAGCCUUCGGUGGGUGGACAAUGGUCCACCUUUGGACGAUGGAGUCCUUCGAGAUCGGUUCAAGGCCAGGGAGUCUUUAGCCAAUGGCGAGAAGGCGAAGGACCCGAUGCCGUCGGUGCAACUCCUCGUUUCCAACAACUCACCCUUCGAUCCCAGGAACUCGAGCUUCAUCUCGGAAGGCGGAGGUCCCAUCGAUGCGGCAACACUGAACGGGCAGCCCGGGAAGGUCUUUGUUUAUGAGACCUACGAGAAGGGGAAGGAGAGCGUACAUGCGAGGAUGCUGGAUGCAAGGGAGAGGUAUGAGUUGAGCUCGUCGUCAGCAGCGACUUCCCUCUCCACUGCAUCAGACACCGCCGCGCCGUCUCUUGGUCCUCAACGUCACCCUGGUUGUCUCAGAUGCGCAGAACGGAAUGCUUUUUUGAAGAAUCGGAAGGCGAAGGACGCAUUCGGGAGGCGAUGCUUGACUAAAGAGCAGCUCGACGAGGCGUUCUCCGCAGUUGGUAUGGGAAGGGUUUCGACGCCAUCUGCGGACGAUAUGGAUAGCGGCGAUGAUACCGACGUUUUCGAUCUCGAUAUCGAGGGUGAUGACGACGACGAAACUGAUGAGGAGAGCGGCGAUGAAGGAGAUCCGACUUCAGCUCACCACGACACACCCAUUUCCGAUCUCGUUCCCGUUUCUUCCUCUUCGCUUCCACCAUCCGGAGAAUCAACACCUGCGGCAUCAACGUCUUCCCAUUCGACUUCGGACGCAGAGUUCGCCCCUCGAGAUGCAGGGGACGACGGAGAUUUCGAUUUCGACGCUGAAAAGGGCCAACCAGGGGUUCGCGAUUCGAAAGGACGGGUCCAUCUGGAGCCCAUCCGACGCUCUCAUGAUCGAUACCGCGUUGAGAAGUGCUGCGAUGGUAUUGAGGACGUCGUCGUGACGGGUGAAAUGGACCAGCGCCAUCGCCUAGCAUGGGGCCACAAUGUUUACUAUGGGCGUGUCCGGCCUUGGGACGGGAUGGUUGCGAUAUUGAGAAUUGGGAGAGACAUCCUUGGGAUGCCCAACACGUUCUUGAUCUACUACGGCUACAUCUAUGGCGGCGACACGUUUGUCGGAAAUUGGCGCUACGCAGCGCGUGAUCCGCUCUCUCCGAAUUACGAGUGCUCAUUCAUUAUGAGCAAGAGGGACGGGUGA